UGCAAUUGGCACACAUGUUUUUCAAACGGCUGUAUAUGCUCACCAAUGGAGUUCGAAUUUAGGUCCUGUACUGUUCAAGACGGCCAAUUUGAGGAUGCCGAAGAAGACGAAAGUGUAGUGCCGAACUCACUGACUCAUUAUAUUUCUCAUGAACCCAUCGGGAAAGAAGUACAGGGGCUGGACAAACAUCAGAAUUGCGAAUCGAUAGACCACGUGAAAUCUUCUUCGGAAGACAGCGACGAUGAAGAUUUUGAUGGAUGGGAUUGGGAAGACGAGACAGGGGAUUUUACGAAACGUUAUAACGCAUCAAAGUCAGAGGUUCAUGUUUCGAAUACCACAGGUAAACGCCAGUCUUCUUUGCAACCGAACGAAAAAUCGUUUUCAAAAUUUGGCAAUCGAAUUAAAGUGGAGAAGUACGAGGGACCGAAAUUAUCCAACAAAGCCGCGAAUGUUCUGAUCCAAGCCAAUAAGAAGCUUGAAAAUGACAGAGUGCGUGCUAAAGAUAAGGCAGACAGGGCCACUGUUGAACAAGUUAUGGAUCCUCGAACAAGAAUGAUUCUGUUCAAAAUCCUAAACAAAGGAGUGAUCAAUGAAAUAAAUGGCUGCAUCAGCACUGGAAAAGAGGCAAAUGUAUAUCACAGCACGAAUGCAAAUGGUGACGAGAGGGCAGUGAAGGUUUACAAGACGUCCAUUCUUAUCUUUAAGGACAGGGAUAGAUAUGUGACUGGCGAAUUCAGAUUCCGUCAUGGAUAUUGCAAACACAACCCCCGAAAGAUGGUUAAGACCUGGGCGGAGAAGGAAAUGCGAAACCUUACGCGAAUGUUCAAUGCGGAUAUCCCUUGCCCAGAACCGAUCAUUCUUCGCAGUCAUGUUCUCGUCAUGAGCUUCAUUGGGGUGGAUGGCUGGCCAGCUCCUCUACUCAAGGAUGUCACGUUGUCGGAAUCUAAAGCUAGAGAACUGUACCUCCAGUGUAUUCAGAUCGUACGAAACAUCUACUGGAAAUGCCGUCUUGUUCACGCCGAUCUGAGCGAGUUUAACAUGUUAUACAGUGGAGAUCAGCUGUAUGUGAUUGAUGUUUCGCAGUCUGUGGAGCACGAUCAUCCACACGCCUUAGAAUUCUUACGAAAAGACUGUACAAAUGUUACCGACUUCUUUAAGAAGAAUGGAGUCUGUGUCAUGAAUGUUCGCGAGCUAUUCGACUUUGUAACAGAUCCCACCCUGAAUGACGACAAUGUGGACGACUAUCUUAAGAGAGCACAAGCGAUCGCCGCUAAUCGUGGAGUUGAGGAAGAAACCCCUGAAGAGACAGUGAAGGAAGAAGUGUUUAAGAAAGCUUACAUUCCCCGAACGCUCGAACAAGUUGUAGACU